GUUCGCGCGCUGCGCAUCGCAGCAGACUUCGCUCGGCUGUGCAGCGCGACGGACGUGUGUCAAGUGCAGUCAAGUGUCGUGACUCGACGCAGUACUCCCGCGUUUCGCAAAUCGAGUGUGUGAGUGUGUGUGUGUGUGCGCGUGUGUGCGAGCGUGCGAUCACUUUUCUCUCUCGCCCCGCGUUGCCGCGCAAAUCGGUGAAUCACGGAAGCGUCUCCGGUCCCGACGGCGACGCCGGAGCUGGACGGUGUGCACGGCGGCUCGCGCCCCUGGAGAAAUUUCAUCCCCUUCGCAGGUCGGGUCGCGCUCCCGCGGCCCACGACAUCGGCAGAGGUGGCGUGGGGCACAGCUGUGAUGGAAUUGCAGAGCUGGCUGCUCUAUCACUUGGUCGCCGCCACAGACUGCAAUCAAGGUAGCGAAGAUAGGCCGUUCAUCGCGUCCCGCGCACUCCCAUGAACAUUCUGCAACAUUUUUAUUUGUGUUACGCAUUUGUGAUCGUUAACGUCGACUCGUCGUUUAACCCUUGAUUAUUUUAGCUACGUUUGCCUGAGUUUGCCCGGACCAUUAUUCACGCACAGUCAGUGUUCACAGCCGCUUCUUUAUUUAAUUUACCAUCCCGCUAUCACGAGCCAAAGGAAACGGUGGUCUACCGAUGCCCGAUGUGAUGCAGUCGGCGAACACAAUCGGAAGUGGCGGCGGCGGAGGCGGCGGAUCGUAUCCCACUGGUGGCGGGACCGGAAGUCGCACCCGCGAUUUAGGGCUACGCGCCCAGAAGAAGCUUCUCGGCCGCAUAGUGUCCACCAAUGCAGGCCGGUCGCUCUUCAUCGACGACGCCACGACGUCGUUGCUUGAUAAUCUGUACAAACUGAUGGAGAGCGUCGCCAAGAGCAACCCGCACUUGGACAAGAAGGAGCCCGAGAAGGUCCUCAAGAACAUCAUCAAAUUGUCCAUUAAGAUCGGACUCGUGCAGCGCAGCCAUCAAUUCCGUUCGAACGACGCCGAGAAGCUCGAGGAGAUCCGGGAGGCUCUGGGGACAGUGGCGAUGACCGUCGUGUCGUUCUACGAGGUGGAUUAUAGUUACGACCAGGAGUAUCUGACGACUUCGAUGGAACGUUGCCGAGCAUUGCUGCAGCAGCUGAUAAAGCCGCAUCUCACGGAUAAGUCAUCGCAACGCUGCGACCAGGUGUUCGACUUCCUGGCGUAUCCCAAAUUCUUGGACUCGGUAUUCCGAUACGAUUCCGAACACAGACCGAUUCUCGGCAUGCUAGUCAGUGACCUCAACAAGGCGUUGGACGCCAGGCGGCUUUGAUUCUACAAGAAUGAUAAUCACACAACGUUAAUAAAACCGAGUCGACGGCCGACAACACGGUUCCAUCGCCAGACGUACGACCGUCCUCUUCAGCGGUCCUCACGGCAGUCUCGCGAUCGCGAUCGAUAAUGGCUCGAUCGACGAACGCAGCGGACGACCCGUUGGACACGCGCGCUUCGUUGCACUUUAUUUCACGGCGAAUAGGCAACGUGUGUUGCAUACUUUCAGUGUGACGACAGUAUAGUAUCUCGUAGCGGUAGAUUAAAAAAAAAAAAAGUGUCUCUUGCUCGCGAUCACCCCCACCCAGUAGCCGGGUCGGGAUACCCAAUGCGGACCACUCGCUCACUGAUUUAUGCAAUAAUUGUCUCAUACUUCGCUUAUUUUAAGGACACAGCGUCACCUGCGUUGCGCAAUUGAUGUAUUAUAUGCGUAUAUUUACGUGCAGGAUAUCGAUUGUCGAUUCAUACCAAAAAGGAAUAGAUAAGUAUUAUGUGUAUUAGGGAAUGAUAGAAGAUGAAAAACGUUAAGUCUAAAGCCGUCGCACAUUUUUCUAAACUGCUUGGUGUCUAACUCGAUUUAAGACUUUUGUUUUCGUUAUAUUACAAGCAAAAAGUCUCCUUUUUUUUAUUUAAAUUUAUUAAAUUUAUUUUUAAUUUAUUAUAUGAAGUUGAUUCUGUUUCCAAUUUAUUAGAUUCCAUAUUUUUGUCGUAAAUCUGAUAAAUUCUAUUCGCGUAAUGAAACUAGCCAUCACAGAACGAGCACUGAAACAAUUAAAGCUAGCGAUCUUUCAAAUAUUCUAGGAUCAAACUCGGAAUUAGGCCUUAGUUUGCGGCUGAAAGGAAUUCUCGCGCAAAGUUGAAAUUCCGCAGUAAAAUAGGUUUGCGUUUAUCGCGAUGAGUAUAAAAGUAGAGGGAGAACGUUUCCAAAAAUUGUAAAGAUCCGUUUGACGACUAGUAACCCGAAAUAUCUAUGUAUAAGACAGAUUGUCUUUCUCAUUUUAAAUCGUGUAAUGGUAUCAGUACUGUCGCGUGGGGUAAUAAUAAAUUGCCCGAACAAGGGAUUUCCUCUUUCUCUCGUGUCGAAGUAAAAGUCGACGAUGGUCACGCGAUACAUCUUUGUGCUCUAUGUAAUCUCCCGUUCUUGCGAUUCCUCUUUAGAUACAUUACCGCUGAGACGAAGUUAGGAUUUGAUCUUAAGAGCAUAUUUAAUUAUUUAAUGUAUAAUUUUAAAAGAGCUGUAAUUUAUAUGUUUAAGAAAUAUGUUUUUAUCAUAUUUGCGAAUUCUUUCGGAUAUUUUAUGAAGAUUUUGUUGCGCUACGUUUCAAUUUUUUCUCACUCAGUUUCAUAAAAUGCGAACUUCAAAAAGGCUAAAAGUAAAUAUAUUGAUCAUCUUCGUGCACGUGCAAACAAUGAAACGCACACUUUGUGAAAAUCUUGGAAUGUGCGUUCCGAUGGGAUGGACACAAUCCACUAUUAGCGCUGUUGCUUGUACGUGCACAUUUUUUAUAACACACUCGAUUAAAGAAACAAUUUCUACAUAUCUGAUUUCAUCGCGAUUCGAUUCCGAUGAUUAUUAGCAUAGGUGAAAUCGUAGAAGAAAACAACUUUAGCGACAUUUUGCGCCUUUUGUACGCGGUGUACAACCCACUUUACACGUUAUUUGUGAUGAUUGUCAAUAUUAAGAGAUGUAUGGGUACUAUGCCGUUAAUAAAUUAUUAACAAAUCAA